CCAGCGAUUGCAUUUCGGAGCAAGCAGGCUGCUUUGGCCAGGGGGAGAGCAGAUUGCUGGCUGGAGUGCUAAUGUUGAUCUAAGAUGGUCUGAAUUUCAAAGAUGGAGGGCCACAGAGUCCAGUAGCCUCACUGUGGGGAAGGGAUUUGCGUGGGCAAGCGAUCUCCCCCAAGAUCUCCUCUUCCUUAUGUUCGGCUUUUCUUUUACGCAUAAUGGCUGAUAAUACCAGUAAGCCUGCCAAACUCAUGGAUAGAACCCCUCCAAAGUCUCCAGCAGAUCCAGCCCGAGAGAAAUUGGCCAAACGGCUGUCCUGUGGGUCCAACAGCUCCCUCGAAGGGGCCACGGGCCACGAGCUGAGCGCGCUUGAAGAGGCUUUCAAGAAAUUCGCCAUCCACGGAGACACAAGAGCCACGGGGAAAGAGAUGCACGGGAAAAACUGGUCCAAGCUGUGUAAAGACUGCCACGUGAUUGACGGCAAGAACGUGACUCUCACGGACGUGGACAUUGUCUUCAGCAAGAUCAACACUGUCUUUUAAAAAAAUGGAUAAAACUCUCUGGAUUUUGGAGGCAAGGUCAUGAAAAUGGGUUUCUUUCCCGACUUC